GCCCUUAUGUGGGCCUACCGAGGAUGUCGUAGUGGUUUGUGUUGUGAUUUGUGCAGCCCUUUGAGACACUAGUGAUUUAGGGCUAUAAAAGUAAACAUUGAUUGAUGAUUGAUUGAUAAUUUCAUUAAGACACGCCUCCAGCUGACUUCAAUCCGGAAUGAAGUUUUUAAUCUAUGCACAUCUUCUUGGCGACGAUUGAGACAAAAAGAUAUGUGCACAAAUACACAAAUUGGGGCGUGUUUGAUGCAACGUCGCGUUUCCGGUCAGGCCUGCAUUUUCCCGCUUGGGAUGUGUAUUGUUGUUGUAGCUACUAAUUCGGCCACUAGAGGACAGCAAAGCGCAGUCAGAAGGUCUGGUGUCCUCGUUUUAAAAGCGCAUUGCUGCUCUUGUCUGUAUGCAAUAAACGACACCUGCCGUCGUUUUGGACCAAAACACCGUUAUUUCCGCCACUUUCUUCCCUAGUUCCAGACCACUUGAUCCGUGCGAGGAGCCGUCCGAGCAGUCCUCGUCCAUCGGCGGUCGUCUUGAACCUGGUCCUCUCAGCCUCGCUGGUCAGACAUGUUCUACACCUGUGGGCCCAACGAAGCUAUGGUGGUGUCAGGAUUCUGUCGCUCUCCCCCGCGGAUGAUCGCCGGAGGCCGAGUCUUCGUCAUCCCCUGCGUGCAGCAGUUACAGAGGAUCUCCCUCAACACUCUGACGCUGAACGUGAAGAGCGACAAGGUGUACACACGCCACGGCGUGCCCGUCUCCGUCACGGGCAUCGCGCAGAUGAAGAUCCAGGGUCAGAACAAGCAGAUGUUGGCCGCUGCCUGCCAGAUGUUCAUGGGGAAGUCGGAGGCGGAGAUAGCGCAGAUCGCCUUGGAGACGCUGGAGGGGCACCAGAGGGCCAUCAUAGCACACCUGACUGUGGAGGAGAUCUACAAGGACCGCAAGAAGUUCUCCGAGCAGGUCUUCAAAGUAGCCUCCUCCGACCUGGUCAACAUGGGCAUCAGCGUGGUCAGCUACACGCUCAAAGACGUGCACGACGACCAGGAUUACCUGCAUUCUCUGGGGAAGGCUCGCACGGCCCAGGUCCAGAAAGACGCUCGUAUCGGCGAGGCGCUCAACCAGAGAGAUGCUGUGAUCAGGGAGGCUCACGCCAUGCAGGAGAAGAUCUCGGCUCAGUACAAGAACGAGAUCGACAUGGCCAAGGCCCAGCGUGACUAUGAGCUCAAGAAGGCCGCCUACGACGUUGAAGUCAACACCAAAAAGGCGGAGUCAGAGAUGGCCUACCAGUUGCAGGUGGCCAAGACUAAGCAGCGCAUCGAGGAGGAGAGGAUGCAGGUGCAGGUGGUGGAGCGCAGCCAGCAGAUCACGCUGCAAGAGCAGGAGAUCACCCGCAAGGAGAAGGAGCUGGAGGCCAAGGUGAAGAAGCCCGCCGAGGCCGAGAGAUAUCGCCUCGAGAAACUGGCCGAGGCCCAGCGCCUCAAGUUGAUCAUGGAGGCUGAAGCAGAGGCGGAGUCCAUCAAGAUCAAAGGUGAGGCGGAGGCCUUUGCCGUGGAGGCCAAAGGUCGCGCCGAGGCCGAGCAGAUGGCGAAGAAGGCGGAAGCCUUCCAGCAGUACCAGGACGGCGCCAUGGUGGACAUGUUGCUGGAGAAACUGCCCCUGAUGGCAGAAGAGAUCAGCAAGCCCCUGUGUCAGGCCCAGAAGGUUACCAUGGUAUCGAGUGGCGGCGAAGUGGGCGCUGCCAAACUGUCGGGAGAGGUCCUGGACAUCAUGACGCGCCUCCCCGACGCAUUGGAGAAACUGACCGGGGUCAACAUCUCCCAGGUGAGCUCCCGCAUUGGCUGAGGAAUCUCGGCUGGUCUCCUGUUGCUGGACGCCACUAUCUGCACGGGUCAUUGAACACACCGUCAGCUCCCAGCACAUUUCUCUCUUUGUUUUGUCGGGUAGUCCUCUUCACCUUCCUUUUCCACUCUGUAUGCGCGCGUGUGCACGUACAAUUUACCUUGUUCUUACUUUUGUUGUUUUUUAUGUGGCCUGGAAGUGCAAAACACUUUGAGCCAUGAAACAAAUGACAGAAAACAAAAGGCAAAACAAAUUACAAUUCAAGCUGCGAGCAGGGUUGAGAGGGCCAUGACCCAUGCAGUCGCCUCCUUCCCGAAGUCCCAAUCCACCAUCAAACAUUUUAGGAAGAUCGAAGCAUGAGGAAGUAAGUUACGACCAUUAUCAUUUUCCACCACAAGGAGGCGAUGUUGGUGUCAAUAUCAAUGUCUAGUCCAGGGGCGACGCCAGACAGAUUUCACUGGGGCACGUGCCCCAGUGUUGAUCUGCAGUGCCCCAGUAAAAAUUUCACCAAUAAAAAAAAAAACGCUUCAGAGUUUUAAGUCUACAUAACAUAGACAACAGCGCACAUACUACUUAGUAUGGUAAUUGAUUGAUACUGUAUUCACUCCACGUAACAAUGAGCACAUGGCUAAUUAAUAUGGUAAUUUAUUCACGUGUGGAUCGAGACUUCAGUUGAGAGAGAGAGAGAGAGGGGAUGCGAAUCACUGCUGAGGUAGGUAACGUUAGCCAACAGCAAUUUGUUAAUUAUAUAAUUUCGAUUUUGAUUUGACUCAAACUGUAACUCCGAGAUGGAUAUCAGAAAGUUAUUCGCUUGCAGCAGGGAAGAAGCAGCAGGAAUGAGAGAUGUAAGUGAAGUCCUAGCUAGCUAGGCAACAUCAUUGUCUUAAGUUGAUGCUAAGUUAGCUAACUUUAUUCCUUGUAUCAAGACAAACAUAUUUAUUUGCUGUACGAGCUGUCGGGGGAAUUUCCAAUCAACAUUAAACAUAAUGUUGGUUAUUGUCUGCUGGUUCUGCUCAGGACCUCUGCAUCAAUGAUGAUUUGGAGUAAGCAUGUGUGAGUUGAGUGCUUCUCAAAGGGUUUAUCUUCAGGAAGAAAAACAUUUUUCCAUAUCAAGUCGUGAGCCAAUUUUUAAAUCAUUCAAGUUUAUUUCACAGAAAAAUAGCACAGUAGACUUGUCUUGUUAAUCGGUGUGAUUUUGACUAAAAUAAUCUUGUUUUGUCACCAGAAAAAUGGCUACAGCUAAAGCAUCUGGUUUUGUUUCCAGUAAAAAUAGUAACAUUUCUGUAUUUGUUUUCAGAAAGAUGGCUGAAAACAUUGGGUUUUGUUGCCCCAUUUAGAUUUUUUUAAAAUAUAUUUCCAUGUCUGUCCUGAGUCCUCCUCCAACUUGAUAGUCUGUUUGCCUUUUGCUAAAAUACUCACUAAUAGUCACUAGAAAAAUGGCUAAAAAUAUCUGGUUUUGUUGCCACAAUUUGAUUUUUUUCUCCCUAAAGUUUUUUUUUUUCAUGCACACGUCUGACUGCGACUCACUGAAAAUGACAUACAAUCCACUUUUAUGUCACGACCCAGCAGUUGAGAACCACUAGUCAACUGUAUAACAGUUACUGUAAUAUUUCCAUGUCUGUCCAGAGUGAUUGACCACUUUGCAAAAAUGAAAACGAGACGUUGCAGUUUACUUCUCAGAAAAUGUUUCCCUGAACAGACACACAACAGUUGUUCAUUUAUUCUACUACUGUGGCUUUAUUGUUUUGUGUAUAUUUUAUAGUUUUGUGUAUCUGAAAUAGGAUUAGCCACAUUGCCAUAAAUGGAAAUUAAAUAAUAUAAAAGAACCCAGAGAUGUAGGGGUGCUUUAUUUUUUGUUUUACUUUUGUAGAUGUUAAAUUUGCAGAUGAUUACUAUUUUAAAAAAGAUUCAUUGCUCUUCCUCUUCGCUUUUACCAGUAGCAGUUUAGAAGUCUGGAGAAAAUAAGUGCACAAGUAGGUCAAAUGCAUUAGUUAAUUUCAGGUGGUUAAUCAAAGAUCCAUACAACAUCUGAUAUGAUUUCAUAGUUUAAAUGAUUAUUUAUGUAUUUUUUAUGAUAAAUAAAUUCUAAAAAUGUUUUUGCUUGCGCGCUUUGCACGCUCACAUGGAUUAUUGUGCCCCAGGUGUGCCCCAGUACAGUAUUAGGUCUAGUGACGCCCCUGGUCUAGUCAUGAAGUCAUGAUCAGUUCUCGACCAUAAAACCUAAUAUUAGGUUGGAAGAAGAUCUGAUCAUGUUAAGUGCAGUAAUGACAGUUGGACGGUUGAUGGCGAGGAGCAGUUUUCGCCGCCAGGCUCCUUUCACCACGAAUGGAUGCUAACAGUUACUGACCCAUAUGGCACUUCAGGGUGUCACCAUCAUCAUUUUUUACCAAUUAAGAUCAAGAUCUGAUUUUGUGGAGCCGAGUUAUAAAAGUUCUGUGGCAAAAUUUGGCGCCACGCCCGCAUCCUAAGAAGUAGGCAAAAUUCCUUCACAAUUUAUCAUGGUUCAUCUGUCUAGUAUGUGUCAUUUUAACUGCCACUUAUUUGGUCAAAGUUCAUAGGAGGAGUUCAUUAGAGUACGGCCCCUGUUUUUUACCUAUAAAUGUCCGACGUAAACCAGGAGGGCCGACUUCCUGUUUGUUUUCAAAUAUGCGUUUUUGAGACUUUUACCUGCGUCCUGUCCCGAUGAAUGUCUGGUGGGAUUUUCGUGACGAUAUGUGAAUGUGGGGAGAGAGGCAUGAUUUUAGAAAGCCAAUUUUUUUUUACCAUUAAUUGAUUUACGUGGACCCGGACUUAAAUAAGUUGAAAAACUUAUUCGGGUGUUACCAUUUAGUGGUAAAUUGUACGGAAUAUGUACUGUACUGUGCAAUCUACUAAUAAAAGUUUCAAUCAUUUAAUUUUAAAUUUUUCAUGGGUCGGGACGCCUAAAAUAUCCGAUUUUUUUUGCCGCACCAAAUGUGCUUGCAAAAAUGGAUGAGUUUUCAUGCAUGUUAAGGGGCCCUCAAAAAUAAGAUCAAAUUGAGAGAAUAAUAAUAAACGGAGCAGGUUCAAUUGGGCGUUUGCAGCUUUUUGCUGCUCGGGCCCCAAUUACUUAAACCACUAUAACCAUGGACAAAACAAUUUACAAUUACAAAAACCUGAAAGAUUAAUCUCCUGAAUUGCAGAUUGAUAGCAUGGAAAUGGCCUGAAAACGUUAUUUUAAAAAUGUAUUUUUUAUAGAUAAAAAAUCUUAAAGAAAAUGCAUUUAUAUAUACUGUAGAUGUGUCCAAAAAAAAAAAAAAAUCUAUUUUCAGAUUAAUCGCGAUUUUUAUUUGAAAAGAUUCUUAAUCGAUUAAAAAAAAGGUUUGUGAGUUAUUUUAAGUAAUAUAGAAAUGUAUCUGAACUGUAUCUAUUUUAUGGGAGGAAUUUUGUUAUUCAUAGAACUGGCAUCCAAUGUUAUUAGAAAUAGUAUUGAUUUUAAAUUGCCAAAUCGUUUUGAAUCGAGGAUUGAUCCUAAAUAGAGUCGCUACCCCCAAAAAUGGAAUCAAAUCGUGUGG